AUGGGCAGCCAGGGCAAGCUGCCCUUUGGUCAGGUCCCCGUCCUUCAGCUGGAUGGUGAAACCUUUGCCCAGACCCAGGCCCUUCUUCGCUGGGCCGGGCGUGAGGCCAAUCUUUAUCCAGAGAACCCUCGACUGCAACUUCGUUGCGAUGCCGUAGAAGACGCGCUGGUGGACAUGAAGAAAGUCCUCGGCCCGUGCUGGUACAACUCCGUCCUCGGGCGCGAUCCGGUGACCAAGCAGCCUUUGGUGCAGCUGCCUGACUCUAUGCGGGAGGAGGUGCUGCAGAGCUUAAACAACAUCGUUCUGCCGGCGCGGUUCCAGCAGUUGGAGAAGUUCUUGGCCGCAUCUGGCGGCCCGUACUUCUGCGGAGACGAGAUGACGAUCUGUGACCUGAGCAUGUAUGUCUUUGCUGCGGGGAUCUUGGAUGGGACGUUUGUUCCGGGUAUCGAGCCUCGGGUAUUGGAUGCCUGCCCGGGACUGAAAGCUCUCGUGGAGCGAGUGGCAAGCCAUCCACGGGUGAAGGAGCUGGUGCUGCAGCUGCGGCUGUUGGACUUAGGGGACCACCCGGGCGACUUCCUUCGGCUGGCACCUGAGCCGCCAGCUCUUGAGGCCGUGGAACGGGCGAUCCGCUCCCUUGUUGCUAUUGGUGCCCUCGAGAGCAGCUCGAAGCUGGGUCUUACACCGCUGGGCUUCCACUUGGCGCACAUGCCGGUGGAUGCCCGAAUAGGAAAAAUGCUGGUAUAUGGCUCUCUUUGCCAAUGUCUGGCACCUAUUCUCACCAUUGCAGCUUGUUUGUCCCAGAAGUCUCCUUUCGUCCGCAGCUUCAACCGCAACAAGGAGGAGCUCCAGGUGACAGAGCGCCAGGGAGCGUGGGGCUACCUCAGCAGUGAUCAGCUGGCUAUUGUGAAAGCUUUCGACAAGUACCAGGAGCAGAAGUUGGUCAGCCGUGAUGCAGCCUGGGAGGUGUGCGACCGCUUCGGGCUUUCGGCUUCUACGCUUGAUGACAUGGCGCAACUCCGAAGGCAAUUCCUUCGUCACCUCACUGAGACUGGGUUCGCGCUGGAAGAGACGGAGGAUGGAGGGGAGCAGGUGAACAUUCACAAAAAGAACAUGUCCCUCGUGCGAUGUGUCCUCUGUGCCGGCCUGUUUCCCAGCGUGGCACAGGUGCAGAAGCAGAGCAACUCGCGCGGAAUUUCGUACCAGAUUUUCGUCAGUCGCCAAAAUGAGCGCUGCACACCCCACCCAUCGAGCCUGAAUUUCAAGGCUCAGGACUUUGCGGCCAACCAUGGUUGGCUCUUGUUCCACGACAAAGUGAAGACCACACAGAUCUACCUUCACGAUACAACACUGGUAGGAGCCAUACCGCUGCUUCUAUUCGGUGGUGAGCUGAAGAUUUCUCCCAAGGAGAGGAAGUGUGUCACAGUGGAUGGCAUGACUUUCGAGGCGAAGGUUCCUGCGCAGGGGCAUGGGUUGUUCAUAUCUAAACUCUAG